AUGACAAAUGACAAUAGUCUUCCAUCUGAGUUGCUUAUUGGUCGCUCUACAUCUUCCCGUACUGUAUUUCAUAAGGAUGACUAUACUCACCUAUGUCAUCCCCUUUAUGUACAUCCAACUGACGUGUUGGGGUCUUCACUAGUUCCUGUGCCUUUUGACGGCAUUGGGUAUGGGAGUUGGAGACGAACUAUUCUUGUAGCCUUAUCUGUUAGAAAUAAAUUGGAUUUCAUAAAUGGAUCCUCAAUUAAACCUCCUGAUAGUUCUCCCUUGGCGGGACAGUGGCAGAGGUUUAGUGAUUUAGUCGUCUCAUGGUUAACCAAAUCCUUGUCCAAAGACAUUGCUCGCAGUAUUGAGUACUCUGAACUUGCCAAAGAUAUUUGGACUGAGUUGGAGGAAAGAUAUGGUCAGGCAGAUGUUGCAAGUGUUUUUGAGCUUAAAAAGGAAUUAGCUCACAUCUCUCAAGGCUCUCUUGAUAUUGCCUCAUAUUUCAAUAAGAUAAAGCAAAUUAUGGGAUGA